GGGCGACGGAAGUGAGUCCGGGACUCAGCCGAAGUGGAUCCUCCCUUACAGCUAAGGAGGCUGUUCCGCGGGGCGCGGGGCGUGGGGCGGCGACCGCGGCCUCACUGCAGCCCCGUUCCCUUGGCUCUCGGCGGCGGCGCCAUGGAUGAGGCGGUGGGCGACCUGAAACAAGCGCUUCCCUGUGUUGUCGAGUCGCCCGCGGUCCAUGUGGAGGUUCUGCAGCUCAGCGGAAGCACUGCAAAAAAAGAAGACAUAAAACUGAAUGUUUACAAACUGCUCAACAGGCAUAAUAUUGUGUUUGGAGAUUACACAUGGACUGAGUUUGAUGAGCCUUUUCUGACCAGAAAUGUUCAGUCUGUGUCUAUUGUUGACACAGAGUUAAAGGCUAAAGACCCUCAGCCCAUUGAUUUGAGCGCAUGUACCAUCGCACUUCACAUCUUCCAGCUGAAUGAAGACGGGCCCAGCAGCGAGAAUUUGGAUGAAGAAACAGAAAAUAUAAUUGCGGCAAGUCACUGGGUUCUGCCUGCAGCUGAAUUUCAUGGGCUCUGGGAUAGCCUCGUGUAUGAUGUGGAGGUCAAAUCACACCUCCUUGAUUAUGUGAUGACCACCUUACUGUUCUCAGACAAGAAUGUGGACAGCAACCUUAUCACGUGGAACCGGGUGGUGCUGCUGCACGGUCCCCCAGGAACUGGAAAAACAUCCCUUUGUAAGGCAUUAGCCCAGAAACUGACCAUCAGACUGUCAAGCAGGUACCGGUAUGGCCAAUUGAUUGAAAUAAACAGCCACAGCCUAUUUUCUAAGUGGUUUUCAGAAAGUGGCAAGUUGGUAACUAAGAUGUUCCAGAAGAUUCAGGACUUGAUUGAUGAUAAAGAAGCUCUGGUGUUUGUGCUGAUCGAUGAGGUGGAGAGUCUUACAGCUGCUCGAAAUGCUUGCAGAGCAGGCGCAGAGCCUUCAGAUGCUAUCCGUGUAGUCAAUGCUGUCUUGACUCAAAUUGAUCAGAUUAAAAGGCAUUCCAACGUGGUGAUUCUGACCACCUCCAACAUCACUGAGAAGAUUGACGUGGCUUUUGUGGACAGAGCUGAUAUCAAGCAAUACAUAGGGCCCCCCUCUGCAGCAGCCAUCUUCAGAAUCUACCUCUCUUGUUUAGAAGAACUGAUGAAGUGCCAGAUUAUAUAUCCUCGCCAGCAGCUACUGACCCUUCGAGAGCUGGAAAUGAUUGGCUUCAUUGAAAAUAAUGUGUCGAAAUUGAGCCUCCUUUUGAGUGAAAUUUCAAGGAAGAGUGAGGGCCUCAGCGGACGGGUCCUGAGGAAACUCCCUUUCCUGGCUCAUGCACUCUACAUUCAGGCACCCAGCGUCACCAUCGAGGGCUUCCUCAAGGCCCUGUCUCUGGCAGUGGACAAACAGUUUGAGGAAAAAAAGAAGCUUUCAGCUUAUGUUUGAUCCCAGAUGUCCAUAUCUGUGGUUUCAACAGACAACUAGUAGGUGACACCACCUGCCUCAC